UCAAGUGAAAAUCAGUGUGUAGUUGUAUAUUUGGACGCUUUGCAAAUCUUCUUAAGAUCCUCUUCGUUGAUUUAAAGCUUGACCUCCUCCUGUAAAGAAAACGUGACAAUUAAUUGUUAUUAUGACCUCUCCAACCAGAGAAAUUUCCCGGAAAUCGUCUGUUGCGCGUUCGUACUCAAGUGAACUGGGCACUGUUCUGGAGGAAGAAGCGGAUGACGAAACGGACCAAACUUCUGCGAUAAAUCGUUCGAUUAAUGAGCAGCAGGCCCAAAACGACACUUCCUCUAGUUUUGACGGGAGCGAAGCCAUGGCAAGCUUGCAAUCGAGUCCAAGUCAACGAGAAAUCAUGAAGACGAAGAUCAAAUAUCACUACAUGAAUCCUAUUCAAAAAUUUCGGGCCAGACGGAGAAAGCCAUGGAAGUUGGUCGUUCAGAUCGUGAAAGUCUUGCUUGUUACCAUCCAGAUAUGUUUAUUUGGACUGGAUCGUUUUUCUUUGGUUACAUUCCUGGAGCAUAACCACAUUGCUUUGCGACACCUGUUUCUAAAAAACUAUCAGGGAAAACAGCAAGAUGUUAUUGUGUACACAAGGAAAGAACUUUAUGAUUAUCUUCACUACGCUCAUGAACAGUAUUAUCAAAUCACUACAGCCCCUCUUGGAACAUAUAACUACACAUAUAUGAAUGGCACUGAACCUCCAAAAGUACAACUAUGUUACAGCUACUACAAAAAUGGAGGAAUUGAAAACAACACAUAUGUAUUCGAUCCCAACAUAACAAAUGUGUGCUUUUAUCUGGGUCGUCCUAUAAACCACGAGCACAUUAUUACAAACAAGUCCUUCAAUCUGGGAAGGUUACGUCACAUCAGCUUGAAUUUUUCCUUGAAGACAGUGAAUUUGAAGAAUGUCAAAGCCUGGGAUAAGCCAGCCUGUUAUCAACUGAGUGUAAUGAUUACAUUUGAUAAUGUGAAGUAUGAUGGAAGAAUGCCAGUUGACCUUGAUAUGAACAACACUUGGUUGCGGUGCGAACAUGGAGAAAUAAAGGGCCAGAACCGCUUAAGAACCCACUUCAUCACUACUACCUUGGUGAUGUUUGAUGUCAUUGUUAUCUCCUUCUGCGCUCUAUCUCUUAUGCUAUGCACAAGAUCAAUUUACAAAUCUCUUAAGUUGGCCAAGGAGGCUGCCAGCUUUUUCAAGAGUGAUCUUCAUGAAGACUUCACCUUCUCCGAUUACCAGGAGUUUGUCAGUCUAUGGUUUAUUGUUAUCAUGUCUAGCGAUGUCCUCACAAUUGUUGGCUCAGUAUACAAAAUGGUCAUUGAUCAAAAGGAUAGUGAUUUCUAUAAUGUCAGCAGUAUAUUUCUGGGAACGGCAGUUCUUUUGGUCUGGAUUGGUCUUCUUCGAUUCCUUGGCUACUCAAAGAAAUACAACAUUCUUUUAGAGACUCUGAAGGCGGCGACUCCAAGUAUGGCCAGAUUCUUCAUAUGUGUGAUUCUGAUAUUUGCUGGUUUUAUGUUUUGCGGCUGGAUUGCCUUUGGUCCUUUCCAUCCUAAGUUUAAGUCGCUCGUUAUAACUGCAGAGUGUUUAUAUUCAAUGAUCAAUGGAGAUGAUCUUUAUAAUACUUAUGCGGAGAUAUCAAGAUCCACUAGCCCUUUCAGUGUGUGGAUAUUCAGCAAGAUCUACAUCUACACCUUCAUCACGCUCUUCAUUUAUGUGGUGUUGAGUUUAUUCAUUGGUAUUAUUGGGGAUACAUAUGAGAGACUAAAGGAUAUGGGGCAUCUGCCAGAAACGAAGAUCCAAAAGUUUCUACAUGAACCAGCAAACGUUGGCAGAUCAGUUCAUAGUGGCCAAGAUUUCACAACAGAUACGACGCCUACAACAGAAGCUAUGGCCGCUCCCCCGCAAAGGGAAGGAACGAGUCGUUAUGGGAGCACUUGUUCAACCAGUACAGUGGAUGCUUUCAUAAGGAAUUUCUCCCUAGAUUCAACGGGAGUCGAGUGAAUAAUUCAACUAGUCCUGCAACGAAAUAUCGUCAACUUAAAUUUUACUGCGUCGAGCGCAGAGCAAAAAGAGACUGUAGAAGCUGUGGAAGAGAAAAUGUCUUCGCACUCCUGAUAAAUGCAGAUACAUUUUUACUAUGUGAAAGUUGCUAAACUGGAACGUUGCAAAUGGUUUCUCCGAUAAAUAAACAAUACUAAAGUUUAAAUCUUGAAAUUUCAGCCUAGAACGUUAAACCUCAGCAUAAUUCUCUGAGGAACUCUCUUUAGAGUUUUGCAUCUAAUCAGUGAAUCCCUAAGCUUUUUAAACUUCAAGUAGCAAAUUGAUGGUUAUUUUGAGAAGCUGCUGGGUUCAACUGGGUGACAAUAUUUUACAUUAACAGAUUUAAUUAAUUAGAUUUUAUAUCAGUAAAUGUAAUGAAGCUCGAAAAAGGGCCGAAACUCGUAAGCUUCUGGAGGAAGAUUUAUCUCAAAACCAAGGGUAAUUUUGAUGUUAAAUAUUAUCAUUGAACAACUUAUCGUGAAUAUUUUGUGCAUAUUUCUGCGCAACACACCUAUGUAAAAUAUUAAUUUCGUCUUUGUAAUUUUAUAGACAUUAAAAUUAACUAAAACUAUAUUUAAGUAAAAGAUGA